AGCUCAUCUCAUGCUUCACUUCAGCGCCUUCAUGUCUUCGUCGUCGAUGAGCUCGCUAUGACCCAAGCAGCUCAUUGGUGGAUCUUCUAUUUCUUUUUAUUCAACCUUGAGGAGGACGCACGAGUCGGCCUUGACAGAGAGAUACGCGAGAGGCUCGAGCAAGUGGAUAUGGAGCUCCCUUUACGCGCGUGGAGAGUGGGGGAACGGAUCGUUCAUCGGUCCCAGCUCGCAUCCACAGCAUACCCCCCCAAUGCACUCUCAUCCAAGAAAAGGAAGCGAAAGGAUUCUGACCAGGGCAGCCAACAUGAAAAUGGAAAGGAUGAAGAUGAGAGCAAUGAAUCCCCCGACGUUUCUGUACCAAGACCAAUCACAGGGAAAGACCUAGCACUUCUUUGUUGCGACGAGGAGGAAGAUGUUGAAAGUGAUCCCGAAAAUGAUCAUGGGCAGAAGGAUGCUGCUGUGCGCAUGUGGAGGGGCCUUAUUUCGACUUGACCAACGUGCGCCUCCUUAUAACAUAUCCAACUCUUCCUCUUUAUACGUUGCCAGAUGACAUGGUCGUCUUCUCGGGUUCUGCUAUUGCGGAUAGUUGCCCGCUCUGUUGCGAAACAGCCAGCACGAGACGAACUUGAUACUCGCUUCCACCUGUUCCACUUACUCUAGAUGGAGGCAGGCUGAGGCUGGUAGGGGGAUGAAGGAGACAAGCAGGGCGUUUGGCAAUGGGACAUUGAAGAGUUGGCAGAUGCGUUCGACAGGGCCAGUACAUCCGUCCGCCCCAAGCUACCCUCUUUCUGCCCAGAGCCCAGUUCGCCCACUACGGAGUAAACUGCUCCAACGACUUGCGCGGAUCCACGUGCGAAACGUUCCCGUUCGUGACCUUGGUCCGCCCUGGCCCGCGCUUGAUGCGCAAA